AUGGCUAACGCAGGCCUCCUCCAGACCAGCCUUAUCUGGGUGGCGUACGCUGUAGCUGUCGUUCUCUGCCUCCUGGCCGCCAUCAUCACCACCUUCACCUGGCAAACGCCCCGCGAGCGAUCCGCUAUAGUCAGUAUUGUCGCCAUCAUCAGUCUCACAUCACUUCUGGCAACAGUUCUUCUUCUUCCUGUUGAUAUCGCCCUUAUUUCCUCGACCACACACGCAUCGCUUGGCGUGAAGAAGGACUGGGCCACGGAGGAGCGAGUCCACGAUAUCCUGCACACUUUGCGCAUCGUUUACUACUCCCUGUACAGCUUCGACGCUCUGCUGUGUCUCUUAAUCAUCCCAUUCGCCUACUUCUGGCACGAGGAAUACGAUGAGAUCGAAGUUGAGGAGGGUCGAUCAUUCUCCAGCCGUCUCAUCAGUGCGCUGAAAUACACCUUGGUGUUCGUCAUCCUGGUCGUGAUCCUCUUCUUAGUCGGCUUCUUUGUACCCGCUGCUGGGGAUCACAACGGCGCCAACUGGGAUUUGGACUACUUCAAGCGCGUUCUUGUUCAGAACAAUGGACAGAAGGCGCUCUCCUUCGCAUUAGGUCUGCUCGUUACCCUCGGGGUUCUUCUUUACGUCAUCUACACAGCGGCUGGGCUGGCGCUGCUUCCCAUGGCCUUCAUCAAGUCCGCGCCUUCGAUUUCCGCACCCCAGCUCACAGAAAGCACCGCAUCGGCAUUGGAGCAGAACCGAGAACGCCAACGCCAGUUGGAAAUGCGCAAUGCCGGUCGUCCCGAAGGCAUGUCGUCCAAGGACAGACGGGAGCUCGAGGCCCUCGUGCGCGAGGAGAGGACUUUGACGCGUCGAGAGAGACUGGCGGCCGAAGCCUCUGGAGAAGGUCGGAGCACUAUCUACAAAGUUUGGCUCAAGAUCUGCGCCAUUUUCCGGCCCGUCAAGCUUCUCGGUGGUGUCCUGCUUCUCUUGCUUUCCGUCUUGAUAUGGGUCUCGAUGUUGAUUACUGGAAUCGACAAGGCGAAAAACUCGUUCUGUAAGGGGAGGUGUGGUUACAUCCUGGGUCACAUCAACAUUUUCCAGCCCAUCAAUUGGGUCUUCACGCAAUCAGCCAAAGCGUUCCCGGUUGACUACAUUCUCAUGGCUCUUCUUGUCUUGUUCUUUUUCAGCAGUUCGAUCUCAGGCAUUGCCACAGUCGGCAUCCGGUUUCUCUGGGUUCGCAUCUUCCAGAUCCGCAAAGGACGUACAGCGCCUCAAGCCCUGCUGGUCGCAACGGUCAUGCUGGCUCUUAUCAUUCUGGCCAUCAACUAUGCUAUCGCGAAUAUGGUGGCUCCCCAAUACUCGAUAUUCGGUACGCAGACAUUCUGUACGGCCCCUACCCACAACGCUGGCGAGACGCCCAACUGUAAGGGCAGGCCUGAAUAUCUGGUCCAAUGUUCCGAGGCGCUGGACCCCGAGGCUCUGAAGGUCUGCACACCCUCAAUUAUGACCGAGUUCCUCAACCGCAUUGCCAUCACCUGGCCCUUCUUUGGCGCUCUGGACUUCUGGGCCCAGUUCGCAUUCCUCGGCAUCUUCCUCGUCGUCUUCGUGACUGGACUGUUCCGGGCGCCCAAGCUCAAUGUCUCCGAACUUGACGAGGAUGCCGAAGAGGACGAGGAGGAGGGUCUGCUCGCCAGCACCGGACGGAGAUUCGGCGCGACGUGGCAGGACAUCACUGGCCGCACGAAGUCCAAGAGUACCUACGGUACGCAGGAGGGUAACACCGGAGCCGGCUCGUCUGAUGUUUAG